AACGGAACGGAAUCUCAUGACCCUCGCUUGCCUAACAAUCUAUUUCGAUUCUUUUUCCUUCGAACAUCCGAAUUAUCAGCAGUAAGAAGCCUACAGCUUCUGAAACCCUUCUCAGGUUUCAGAACCGAAACCCUUAAAUCCGGGGGAUGAUAAAAGAAAGAAUAAAACAGUGAGUCAAAAUCCCAGGAAAAAAAAAAACAGCAGAAAACAGUAAAAGCAAGAGCAAAUCCGAGGAGCAAACGAGGCAGAGAAAUCAUCGUUUUGCCGGAAUCCGCCACCAUUACUGUGUCAAAAAUCAUCAGAGAAAAAGCAGUAACUCAUGCAGGAUAGCGAUGGAUGUCUUGCAAAAAAGCAGUGAAAGAAUCCCUUUGAGUCAGAGGCCUGAAUAUGCCGAUGUGAAGCCUGUCCCCCAGAAUGAUGGUCCAAAUUCCAUUGUCCCUAUCUCCUAUACUGAUGAAUUUAGAGAGACAAUGGACUAUUUUAGAGCAAUAUAUGUAGCCGAUGAGCGGUCUCUUCGAGCUCUUCAACUCACCACCGAAGCCAUCAAACUUAACCCUGGAAAUUACACUGUAUGGCAAUUUAGGCGGCUAGUACUUGAGGCGCUUAAUGCUGACAUGAACAAGGAAUUGGACUUUGUGGAUGGCAUUGUGGAAGGAAACUCUAAGAAUUAUCAGAUAUGGCACCAUAGGCGUUGGGUUGCUGAAAAUUUGGGAACUGAUGCUUCAACUAGGGAGCUUGAGUUCACAAAGAAAAUUCUUUCUAAGGAUGCAAAACAUUAUCAUGCCUGGUCUCAUAGACAGUGGGUCCUUCAGGCACUUGGCGGAUGGAAAGAUGAGCCAACCUAUUGUGAACUGCUCCUCAAAGAUGACAUUUUCAAUAAUUCUGCUUGGAAUCAGAGAUAUUUUGUUGUAACAAGAUCUCCUCUCCUUGGAGGCCUGGGGGCAAUGAGGGGGUCAGAAGUAACUUGUACAGUUAAUGCAAUUAUGGAGCAUCCUGAAAAUGAAAGUCCUUGGAGGUACCUUCGAGGCUUAUACAGAAAUGAUACACAUGCUCUAGUUAAAGACCCUCAAGUAGCGUCAGUUUGCUUAAAGAUUUUGACUGCCAAAAACAAUUACGUGCACGCCCUCAGCAUGCUUUUGGACCUUCUCUGCCAUGGUUUCCAGCCUAGCCUGGAGAUAAGAAAUGCUGUCUAUGGUCUUUCUGACUCAGGUGCCCAAGGUUCUGAUUUGGUGAAAGUGGUCUGUUCUAUCCUAGAACUUGUAGAUCCAAUGAGAGCAAACUAUUGGAAGUGGCGGAGGAACAUAGUGCCUGCUCAAGCAGCUCAAUGCUUGAAAGAUGAUGGAUUGACUGGUUUGAGUUUAUAAAGGUGCCCAUAGAUCUUUCGUCUUAUCUUGCCUUCUUUCUCUACUCGUCAGUAUUAUCAGAGGAGAGAGGUCCUACAUAGAAAAGAACUUCUUAUGUGGAAAGUCCUUGUGUUGCUCUUUACACCACCAUAUUGAACUAUCCUUUUGUUGUAACACCACCAUAUUGAACUACCCACUGUAGCUGAACCUCUAAUUUACUCGAUUUGAGUACCGGAUAAAGGAUGCAAUCGAAACAUAUAUAAGCUAUGCAACUUGGUUUCUUCUGUC